CUUUCAUUCAAGACAAAACGCUGCAAGAACUACGAUACGAUGUACCGCAGGAAAAUGGUGCAGCUGUCUUUAGCUGUCGUGGCAGUUGUGCUCGUCGUCAGCCCUUUGGUCGUCCUAAGUGACAGCGUGGUCUUUGGCAAGCAAUCGCCGACUGCACGGCUACUUUACGCCACGCAUAUAAACGAACCUUCCAAGUUCUUUCGCAUUACCGAAAGAGUUUUAACGUUCAAGCAGCAUGAAAAUAUCAGGACUAUUGGCGCCAUUGUGAUCGAAGACAACAACAAAACAAUUGGUGGCGAGGCUUCAAUUGUAGAGGGUGGAACGACCUACCCUUUUGUCACCCUCAAAUUCCAAUCGAGGCGUAACCGCGGCCUUGACUUUCAUGUAUUUAUCUAUGAUACUGCGUAAAGUCCACAUUAAUUUGGUAAAGACCAAUUGCACGUGAAUUAUAAUAUUUAAUGUCGGAUUUUUAAAUAUAUCAAGAGAUGAUUCACUGCC